AUGUCAUCAAAAACCAAUGUUGGUGAAUCUCAAAGGCUCAAUGGUCUCCAAAUAGGACUAAUUGCUUUAAAUGUACUAUUAAGAGUUUACGCAGCAUUUUUUAUGAUAAUAUCCGACUGUGAUGAAACAUUUAAUUAUUGGGAACCUUUGAAUCUAUUGAUCAGAGGAUUUGGUAAACAAACAUGGGAAUAUUCGCCUGAUUAUGCCAUAAGAUCCUACACAUAUUUGAUACCAUAUGUUAUCGUUACAUAUCCUAUUAAGGUGUUUGAAAAAUUUGUCAAUAUUCCUUCAUACUAUCAAUUUUAUUGGAUUCGUCUUAUUGCAUUAUGUGGGUUUACAUGUUUCACCGAAUUGAGAUUAUUCUAUUCGAUAAAUUCAAGUUUAAACCGUAAGGUUGGAAAUUGGUUCUUAUUCUUAUCUUCCAUAGCUCCAGGCAUGUCACAUGCUGGUGUUGCAUUAUUACCAUCUUCGUUUGCUAUGAAUUGUGUUACUAUGGCCACAGCAAAUUCGUUGUCAGCAAUUUCAGAAAAUAGUGCUAACUACAGUGUACAGGCUAUAAUUUGGUUCUUAGUAGGGGGGAUAGUCGGCUGGCCAUUCGCUCUUGCAUUAGGUCUACCAUUUGGAUUAUUUAUUUUGAUUCAAAAUAUUAAAAGAUUCAAUGUACUCUUUUCUAUCAUUAAAGGAUGCAUUGCUGGUUUGGUAUCUACUUUAAUAAUCAGUACUGCUAUUGAUUCGUGGUUUUACCAAAAACUUGAUCUAGUUCCCUUGAAUAUUGUCUUAUACAACGUAUUUGGCGAACAGGGGGAAGGCCCUGAAAUCUUUGGAGUUGAACCAUUUCACUACUAUAUCUUAAAUUUAUUGGUGAAUUUUAAUGUAGUGGCUAUAUUAGGCUACGUUGGGUUGGUGAUGAAUGUUGUACUUUUUGGGGAAAAAAAUAGGUACAAAGUAUUGAUAACUGUAAGUCUUCCGCUUCUUAUUUGGUCAUUAAUAUUUGGUAGUCAACCCCAUAAAGAGGAGAGAUUUUUAUACCCAGUAUAUCCAUUAUUGAUUUUAAGCAGUUCAUUAUUAUUGACUCUUAUCUUCCCCAUGGUUACUUUUGUUUCGAAAGGAAUAGCAGCAAAUAAGAUUAAUUCUAAACAUAUUGAGAAGUUGGUUCAACUAUUAUUUGCCUUCUCAGUUGGUAUGGUAUCUAUAUUGCGCAUCAUUAAUUUAGUGGAAAAUUAUAGUACUCCAUUAUCUGUGCAUAGAGAAAUAUCAACCUUACCUGUAUCAAAUAUAUCAGUCAAUGUAUGUACCGGGCGUGAAUGGUACCACUUUCCAAACUCGUUUUUCUUGCCAGACAAUUAUCGUUUGAAAUUUAUUAGAAGUGGAUUUGAUGGCUUAUUACCUGGUGACUUCUUAGAGGGAGCUAGCUUAAAAGCUAGUACUUCUUCUAUUCCACCUAAUAUGAAUAACAAAAACCAAUAUUCAGAUGAUAAGGUAAUUGAUUUUGACGAGUGCUCCUAUUAUAUAGAUAACUCUCAAGCCGCAAAUCUUGAAGUUGGUGAGCCAAAUAUCGUUGAAAGAAGUGGUAAAGAAUUAAAGGUGAACAAAGGUUGGUCCGUGGUACAAUGCCAGAAUAUUAUUAAUCCUAGUGGCACCAGUUCAGGAAUAGGUAAAUUGCUCUGGAUCCCAGAGUACGUUAGAUCUCUAAUCCCUUACAACGUUGACUAUAUGGACUAUUGCUUAGUGGAAAGAAAAAAGAAUAUUGUGUAG